AUGGCUGGUGGAAAAGGCAAAUCUUCCGGUGGAAAGAGCUCUGGCGGAAAGACGUCGGCGGUCGAGGGUCCUAAGAAGCAGCAGAGCCACUCUGCCCGUGCCGGUCUCCAGUUCCCGUGCGGUCGUGUUAAGCGUUUCUUGAAACAGAACACACAGAACAAGAUGCGCGUUGGUGCCAAGGCUGCCGUCUAUGUCACUGCUGUGCUCGAGUACCUGACCGCCGAAGUCCUCGAACUCGCAGGCAACGCUGCCAAGGACCUCAAGGUCAAGCGUAUUACGCCACGUCAUCUGCAGCUUGCCAUCCGCGGUGAUGAAGAAUUAGACACCCUCAUCCGUGCCACCAUCGCUUUCGGUGGUGUGCUCCCCCACAUCAACCGUGCUCUGCUACUGAAGGUGGAGCAGAAGAAGAAGAAGGCUGCCCUCGAGGCAUAA